AUGAACUUUAAAGAACAAAAAGUCAUUCAUAAAUUAAUUAAGGCUGGCUACUUGGAGAAGCAUGAACAGUUGAUUGCCUAAGGAUUAACUAAUCCAUGGUUCAAUUAUCAUCAAUUAAAUAAACAUAAUGGUGAUAUUCAUAAGGUUAUCCUUUCUUACAAUGAGAACUAAAAUAAGAAGGAGGAGAAGAGAUAAAUAGCAUUAAAAACUAUUGAAAAUAUGGGAUGGCUUCAUAAAAAUUAGGAACUAGUAGAGAAAGGAUUUAAUGAAGUUAAGAAAAAUUUGAAGUUUCUACUAAAAACUAAUGGAGAUGUGGAACAAUCAAUUGAAAAGUUAAGUAAGAAAAAGUUUAAGAAAUUUGAUAAACCUGUUGAAUUAAUGAUCCAAGAAUUAGGAUUCACAGUAUAAUUUGAAAAACUUAAGGAAAUGGGAUACACUAAUGAAAAGAAAAUAGCUAAGUUAUUAUUGAAAUUUGAAGGAAACUUAGAACCAAUACUUGAUAAGUUUUUAAGGAUCAAACACAAAGAUAGUGGUCAUUCAAUUAAAAAAUCAAUAGAAAAACACAAAAAUAGGAAAUCAUCAGAAGAGUAUCAAAAAUUUAGAAAACACAAAGGUGCAUUCAAUUAAAAAUUCUAUCAUUUGAAUGGAAAGAAUAUUAAUCCUAAGAAGGCAUAUAAAUUCUUAUCCGUAUUUAAUGGGGAUGUUGAAUCUGCUAUUUAGUGGCUAAACCAAAUUAAACCAUAAGCUUAGCCUUAAGGUUAAAUGGUGCUUGAACAAGAAGUUCUUGCACAACAUUGAGUUGCAUAAACUCAAAAGAUAGGGAGGGAGGGUUGGAUAUUAUAUAUAUAUAUUAAG